AUGGUUUUGUUACGGAUCGGAGUACCACUACUCCUGUUGGCAGUGGUUGCUCAAUGCGCGGAGAAAGGCGAUCCGUAUGAAGUACUCGGUAUCAGUAGGAGGGCAUCGCCAAAAGAAAUCAAGAGUGCUUAUAAGAAUCUUGCCAAAGAGUGGCAUCCAGAUAAGCGGAAAGAUGACGCUGCGUCGACGCGCUUCAUGGAAAUCGCCGAAGCCUAUGAAGUUCUUUCGGAUCCAGUCCGAAAAGAACGCUACGAUAGGUUUGGAACUUUUGAUGAUGUGAAACAUUUUGAAGAUAACGCCGAAAGGGCCAGAUCCUUCUACGGUUUUAAUGGUUUCCACGGAUUCGGAGGAUUUGGGUUCGAUGAAAAUGUGUUCGAGUACAAGUAUCGCAUGUCGUAUCAGCAGUAUCAGUUCAAAAUCCUGGAGCAAUCGAACACCAAACCAUACAUUGUAUAUAUUUACUCCAAUUACUGUCAAAUGUGCUACCGAUUCCAUCCUCAAUGGAAACAAGUCAUUGCUGAUCUCGAGCCCCUUGGAUACGGGGUGGCUACUGUAAAUGGCAAUAGAGAACAGAAUUUGAUGGAGAAGAUGAGAAUUUCACAUGUGCCUGCGUUGGUUGCAAUUGUUGAAGGAAGAAUCAUUCCGAUGAGAGUGGAUAAUAGUUUUAGUGAUAGAUCCAUCGUCGCAUUUGCCCAAAAAGUAAUUCCAAGUUAUUUCAUGACGAAGAUCAACUCUGGAAUAAUGCUGACUCGAUUCGUUGAGCAAUGGAAGAGCACAAACAAAAUCUCAGUGAUCAUUCUCGGCGCAGCUGUUAAUCCACGAAUCCGUUAUCUGCUCGCAGCGAUGAAGCACUCGCAUUUCGCCCGAUUCGCCUAUGUUUCAUUGGCUGAGCAAUCAGAAGACGUUCGAAUUUUAAGAGAAUCUGUGGAUAUCAAAUGUGUACAAUGCGAGAAUAUUCUGAUUUAUGGAGAUAUGGAACAUGAGGAUGCUGUGGAUCGCUUAUCAAUCAGCGAAGCAAAGAAAUUGACGAUGGAGGCACUGGAUGAAUUCAUCGAAAGAAACAAAAUGCUCACUUUACCCAGAAUAUCAUCCCAAGUGAUGCUCGAUGAAGUUUGUCCAGUCUCCUCUCGUUCUCCACGUCAUCUCUGUGUUCUUCUACCCGUGACGUCGCAUAGUUCAGAAGCCGAACAUGUGGAUGCCUUCAGAAGAUAUGUGAAGGACACUCAAACUAUGUGGAAGGGGAAGAAUGUCAGAUUUGCUUAUAUUUACGUUGAUAGGCAAAAGGAUUGGAUGAAGCCGUUCGCGGAGAAAAGAAAGGGAGAAUUGAAAAACGAAGGAAGAGAUCUACUGGUAUUCUGGAGGCUAGAAUACAAGAAGGCAAGAUUCGCAUGGUUGGAAGGAGCAUGGACUGGAAAUAAAGAGACUGAUGAUGUCAUUAUGAAUGUUGUUGAGCAAAAGAAGCGGCUGGAUGAAACAUGCACUGUUGGAAACAUCAAUGAUGAAUUCGGGCUAUCCGUCUUCACCAAAGUCAGUCGUGCAUUCUGGAGAAUGUGGGAGGUGGUGUGGUUCCACGUGUCAAAUGAAGAGACCUACAUGUUCUUGUCAGCUGUUGGAACUCUUUUCAUGAUCAUGUCCAUUGGAUGGAUCUUCAGUUAUUUCAGCGAAAAGCCUUCUGAUAUCAAGAAACGAAAACCGAAGGCUAACGAUGUCGCUGAUUUGACCGGGGAUCCGACUACAGGAAACGAUUGGCAUCCGGAUGAUCCAAAUACAAAGAAAAAAGAAGGGGAUAAUGGAAAACAGUCAAAUGGAAAAUCAAAAUGGGCAGUGGCAAUGAAACCGUUGAUUCAUGAGCUACGGGCUGAAACCUACUUUGGAAUGAUUCGACUUUUGAAACCUGGAUGUAGGUCGAUGAUUCUACUGGUGGAUGAAGAGAAUAAGGAAUCAUUGAUCAACAAGUUCUCCCAAUAUGUCUAUCCUCUCAGAAACAACAAAACGUUCUCAUUCGGCUUCUUGAUUGUUCCCAAAAACUUGGAUUGGUUCCGAAAACUCCUGGAACACACUUUACCAACCGACGGGAAGCCAACACCAGAACCAGAUGCCAGUCAAUCGAUGUACAAACGAUUGAAGCUGAUCAAUCAUCGUCACACAAUCGGAACAGUUUUGACGCUUUGUGGAUGGAAACUGUAUUUCUCAAUCUACCACCCAAAACAUGUAGAACUUAGUCGUCGGAACUUCAUUGACACUGACGAGGAUCCGAGCAGUGACGAUGAAGCGUCGUAUAGAAGUGACGAGUUUGCAUCGAUGGGAGAGAAAAAGAAAUUGCACAGAAGCUCUUCACAACGAGGGGUUAACAUGGAGAACGUGCUAGAUGGAUUCCCCAACUGGAUGGAUCGGUUACUAGAAGGAUCUAUUAGAAGAUACUACAUCCCUGAGUGGCCGGAUAAUCUGAAGUAA